CAAAAUCCGGAACUUCUUAGCUUGGCUUAACUUUUUAGCCUAAAUGCCAAAGGAAGUAACGAACCCUGAUAAAAUUAUAUUUUCGACGACAAAUCAAGACUCUUGAUUGUCAUAAAAAAAAAUCUCGUCUUUGGAUUACGAAGGUUCACUGCAAAUUUGAUCUCUUCAAGUGGAGAGAAGUCUCAAAUAUCGAACCACAGUAGGUCAGUAGCAAGUGAUCGACAUUCUGUUCUUACAGUUCUGAAGCCAUGGAUCAACCGAAGAUGAUGCGGAGAGGUAGGGCGGCAGUAGUAGUUCUUGGGGAUAUCGGCCGCAGUCCCCGGAUGCAAUAUCACGCUCUUUCUCUAGCUCGCCAGGCGCAUCUAGAGGUGGAUAUUGUUGCAUAUGGAGGUUCUGACCCCCAUUCUGCUGUUUUAGAGCAUCCCUCUAUUCACAUUCAUAGAAUGACACAGUGGCCAUCAACCCCUCAAACAUUAUCCAAGAUGCUACGUCCUUUUAUGCUCAUGCUCAAGCCAUUGGUUCAGUUUGUGAUGCUUUUGUGGUAUCUCUGUGUCAAAAUUCCUGCUCCUGAUGUAUUCAUAGUGCAGAAUCCUCCAUCUGUUCCUACAUUGGUUGCUGUAAAAUGGGCAAGCUGGUUGAGGCAUUCUGCCUUUGUAAUAGAUUGGCAUAAUUUUGGAUACACCCUCCUUGCAUUGUCUCUUGGCAGAAAUAGCCGAUUUGUCACACUUUAUAAUUGGAUUGAAAAGCACUAUGGGAGGAUGGCAAACGGGUCGUUGUGUGUUACAAAGGCAAUGCAACAUGAAUUGGCACAAAACUGGAGUAUAAAUGCCACUGUUCUGUAUGAUCAGUCUCCUGAAUUCUUUCGACCUGCAUCCCUUGAGGAGAAACACAAGUUGUUUUGUAGGAUUAAUAAAAGCCUAAGAGAGCCAUAUGGCUGCCAAGAUUGUCUGAGCUAUGAUAUAACUCCUUUUACAACUCAGACCGGAAAGGAUAUAUACUUGAAGCAAAACAGACCUGCUGUCAUUGUCAGCAGUACAAGCUGGACCCCAGAUGAGGAUUUUGAAAUCCUAUUAGAAGCAGCUGUCAUGUAUGAUAGACGAGUUGCUGCAAUUUUGAAUGAGGAUGACUCGCAUGGAAAGGAGCUUGUUUGGCAUGAAAUUAUGCAUGGGAAACAAUUUUUGUUCCCAAGGUUGUUAUUCAUAAUUACCGGAAAAGGACCUGAAAAGGAAAAAUAUGAGCAAAAGAUCAGAAAACUGAAUCUCAAGCGUGUAGCAUUCCGUACAAUGUGGCUUCCAGCAGAGGAAUAUCCAUUGCUUCUUGGAUCAGCUGAUCUUGGUGUUUGCCUUCACACUUCUUCCUCGGGUUUGGAUCUUCCAAUGAAGGUUGUCGAUAUGUUUGGGUGUGGAUUGCCAGUAUGUGCAGUUUCCUACUCUUGUAUUAUGGAGCUUGUAAAAGUGGAGCAGAAUGGGUUGCUUUUCUCGUCAUCAUCUGAACUAGCAGACGAACUUAUGAUGCUAUUCAAGGGCUUCCCAGAGAAAUGCAACUUGUUGAAAUCCUUGAGGAAGGGGGUACUAGAAACAAGAUGCUGUGCAAAAUGGGAUUCAGGAUGGGAAGAGAAUGCCAAGCCUUUAAUAACCCAGGAAAGUCCCUUUGUAACUAUUUAUUGGUCGCAUGAAUACGUUUUUAGUUCCUCCAAAUAUAUCAUAUUUUGUUGUAGAUCCCAACUUAUGUUUUUUUUGUUUACAUAAUCUAAUAUUAAACAUCCUUUGGAAGGACUUAGAAACAUAUUUAUGCCAUAUUUAUAUAUUGGACAUCUCAACUAUUAUAAAAUUCAACUUCUCUUGGUAUCUGAACUGUAUUAAUAGGCGAUGCAGGUCAUCUCUCAGUGUGUUGGCUGAAAUUCGGGAGGAUGAGAUGGAUAACCUUAUGCGCAAGUUCGGAACAUCAGAUUAUAUGGGAUAGUGCAAAACAUGUUGUUACAUACCAAGAGUAUGUUUUGGUGCUUUGCUAAACAUCUAUUCAAGUUAUUUAUUACAAAUUUUGUAGUCCAAAGUCGAAACAUAUCAUUGUUAAGAUAAAACAUGCUGAAAUUCAAAAUAUCAUCAAGGUUCAGUAUGAAGUAAUUCUUUAUAAGCACAAGGAAAAAAUACACAUUCAUUACAGUUGACAAAAUAAGU